AUGGAGCCAGGAAAUCAAACGAGUGUUUCAGAAUUUUUCCUCCUUGGAUUCUCCCAAGACUUGGAACAUCAACCAGUUCUAUUUGGACUGUUCCUCUCCAUGUUUGUGGUCACCGUGCUUGGGAAUGUGCUCAUUGUCCUGGCCAUCAGCUCCGACUCUCACCUGCACACUCCCAUGUACUUCUUCCUCUCCAAUCUGUCCUUGGCUGACAUUGGUUUCACCUCUACCACUGUCCCCAAGAUGCUGGUGAACAUCCAGACACAGAGCAAGGCCAUCACGUAUGCAGGCUGCAUCACCCAGAUGUAUUUUUUCAUGUUUUUUGGCGGUAUGGACACAUUUCUCCUCAUGGUGAUGGCCUAUGACCGGUUUGUGGCCAUCUGUCACCCCCUGCAUUACCCCAUUAUCAUGAAUCCCCGCCUCUGUGGCCUGAUGGUUCUUGUGUCCUGGUUCCUCAGUGUAUCAUAUUCCCUGAUCCAGAGUCUGUUGAUGCUACGGCUGUCCUUCUGCACCAACUGGGUAAUUCAACACUUCUACUGUGAACUUGCUCAAGCCCUCAUGCUUGCCUGUUCAGACACCCUCGUCAAUUAUAUUCUGCUGUACGUGGUGACUGGCCUUCUCGGUUUUGUUCCUUUCUCAGGGAUCCUUUUCUCCUACACUCGAAUCGUCUCAUCCAUCCUGAGAAUCCCAUCAACCGAUGGAAGAUAUAAAGCUUUUUCUACCUGUGGGUCUCAUCUGUCUGUGGUUUCUUUAUUCUAUGGGACAGGCCUCGGUGUGUACCUCAGUUCAAAUGCAUCUUCCUCUUCCUGGAAGGGCAUGGUUGCCUCAGUGAUGUAUACCAUGGUCACCCCCAUGCUGAACCCCUUCAUCUACAGCUUGAGGAACAGAGACAUAAAGAAGGCCCUCCAAAGAUUUCUUGAGAGGACAUUCUGUGUUCAGUGA